GAGAAUGUGUCCCUUGCUGAUAUUUUGUCACUGCGGGAUAGCUGUCUUACAGAGCAAGAUAUUUGGGCAAUUUGCCUGGAGUGUUGCCAUUCUUUGAAGAGCAUUGCCCAUUCUGCAAUCUUCCAGACACUCUGCAUCACUCCUGACACUUUGGCUUUUAACACCAAUGGCAAUGUAUGCUUCAUGGAACAGCUCAGUGAUGAUCCAGAGGGUGCCUUUGUUCCACCAGAAUUUGAUGUCACCGGUAACACUUUUGAGGCACACAUCUAUUCUUUGGGUGCAACACUGAAAGCAGCAAUAGAAUAUAUAUUAGAACCUGAGACAGAAUCAGAAUUUGGGCAAGAUCUGCAUACUCUACUGGAACAAAUGCAAGAAGAGAAUCCUGAAAAUAGGCCAGAUAUUGAGAGCAUUUUGUCAUUAUGUGAAGAAAAACUGAAGAUUGCUUCAUCAAGUAAUAUUUGUCGAAGCCUGUCUGCUGUUGGAAGAAGGGUUCUUUCAAUUGAAUCAUUUGGUGCUUCUCAAGAUGUCUGUGAUAACAUGUGGAAGGGAAGAAUGUGUCAGAGAAGUUUGGGAUCUAAAUUAUAUUCAAAUGAGAAAAACAACAUAGCAGGUGAUUCGACUGCAGUGGAAGAUGUGACAGCUACCUGUCAUAAGGACUUUUCUGUAGUUACUAUGGUGACUGGCAGAGAAUAUGGUUUAAAGGAAAUGCAAAUUGAUCUGGAUAAUGAGAAAACUCAACAUUCUCAACUUGCAACUCAAGCUAAAAAGAGCAAAGAAGAGGACAAACAUGCAGUGUAUACUGACAGUUUUGCUAGUGUUGCUUUGGAUAUAAGAUCAUGUGUUACUGACCUGGAGAGAGAUGGCAUUUUUAAGAAAGGUUCUUUGAGAAAAAUUAAAACCUUUCCAAAGCUACCGCUUGAACCUGCAGAUACAAGUAACUUUUUUACUUCUGUAACUGACAGUGGACCACUAGCUAGGAAAAAUCACUAUCUAACAAAAGAGUCACCACCUCUAGACAAUAAUAAUGAGGUUGCUUUUUCAAAGGGAAAUCUUAAUUCAUAUGCUAUUAGUAGUCCACCAAAAAUAGAACCAAAGAAUUGCCAGGUUAAUGAUCUUCAUUUAGAAGCUCCAUGUGUAUGCACACAGGUGUCUGGCAUGAAUCUAGAAGAGCAUAUGUCACUUAUUAAUGGUAAAAAGAUAGGUUUUGCUUCAUCUGAUCACAAAGAAGACUGUUCUGAUGCUACCUCUGAAAUGGCAAAUACAGCUGGUAUGCUAAAAGGCCCAAAUAAAUCGAUUGCUGGAGCAGAAAUGCUAGACAAUUACAUGGCGUUGGAAGACUCUUCUGAAACUUUUCAAGGGUCAAAUGAAAAUUCGUUACCACAUUUUAACAAGACGACUUCAGUGUUAACGGCAAAACCCAGUGGGAACAGAUAUGGAUCAAACCUAAUUAGGUCUCCAGAAUUAAGCAACGGUGCUAUGAGCGCAAACAAUAAUGAAGAUAAUCUUUGUGGAGGCAGAGGGUCAGAAAUCAAAAGUAAUGAGCAGUGGCGCUCUCUAAAACUCCUCUUGUCGUGGUAUGGUAAACCUCUGAAAGACUAUGAACUCUGGGCAUUAUGUCACGAGUGUUUAAGUACUUUGCAGACUUGCAUAGAUUAUCCAGUGGUCUUAUGUUUGGACUCCGUGCUGAUUGACUGCCAUGGAAGUAUCCUCUUUGCUGCUUCAAAAGCUGAAGAAUCUUGUGAUACAUUUUAUUUAGCUCCUGAAAUUCACGAAGAGGAUGUGGAUACUGAGAAGGUCUGCAUUUAUGGUGUUGCUGCGGUUCUGUGGAUGGCUGCAAAAUACAGUGUUCCACCGAGUCACAAACUAGCAUUGCCAAGAAAAUUAAAAAAACUUCUUCUGGAUAUGGCAAGAAAAAACCCUGAAGACAGACCUUCUCUAGCUGAUGCAAUUAAGACAUGCAAUUGUUAUUUACUUGAACAAGGUAUAAACAGCAAAAAUAUUUUGGCAUUGUUGAAUAAAUCUGUCUUUAAGGCUGUUGAGGAAGAAGUAAUUUCUUCUCAAGAUCAUGUUGCUUUUGAAUUUAAAAAUGAAAGCCAUGAAAUGGACCCUUCAGAGUCAAGUCUAGGAUUUGUGCCUAUUACCAGUGAAGGUAAACUUGUAGCAGUUAAAGGACCAGUACCAUGCCAGAUUUCUCUAAAUCGUGAGAAGGCUACAUUACCUGUUGCAUUCACCUCUCCCGCAACUCACUUUAAGCCUAUUAUUCUGCAACAAAAUGCAAAUAUAACAAAAGAGGUUCACACAUCAGUUUCUGAGCAAUUCAAGAAAGAAACAAGAAAAGAAAAACGUAUUAACCACAAAAACUCAGAAUAUAUAGAAGACUCUAAAAGCUAUGGUACUGAGGACACAGAUGUUGUUGAAACUGUGCCUGAAAUACUUGAGUGUGAUUUACAAGUUCCAGGCCACUCAUCCCAGAUAUCUUCAGAAGAGCAAAAGUCAAGCAAUACGUUUACUUCUAUAGUUACAUUACCAUCACCUUCUGAUUCCUCAUAUAUUCUACAGGAAAAGAGCAUUUUGUCUGAAGUUCCUUCAAACUCCUUUGCUUGCCCUACAUCUCCUAAUUUUCUUCAUAUAAAUAACAUCAUUCUCAAACAGGACUCAGAGAAAAGAGUUUUGACGUUUGUGCCAGUACAUUUAGCUGUAUCAGAGCAAAUACCAAAUAAGCCUCUUCGUUCAAGAAUUGCUUAUGACUGCUAUCAUAGUUUGCCGGUGCUACUUUCCAGUACUAUUGCAAGUCAGAAAAUGAGCACGCAAGCAGAAAAUGAUGUCUCCCUUUGCAAAGUGCAAAACUGUGAAACUACUAGUACACAGAACAAGUUUGAUAAAAGUGACCCAGUUAUUCAAACCAACUGCCAAGAAAUUGAGUGUGCUACCAGAGUAGACAGUAUUUCCACUGAACAAGAAUACACACCGUGUACCUCGGUGAAUCAAGACAAUUCUCAUCUCUCUGAUGUUGAAGUCCUGCCCCAGCAGAACAGCAAAAGUGACACUUUACUACAGAAAGUGGUUCAUCUUGUACAAGAGGAGUUUGCAUUUGAUGGCUAUCUAGAGAAUGGAGUUGAAGAUUUUGAUAUGGGUAACUUCAUUUUAAACUUAAAGCAAAUUAAGUUUGGUAUGUUUUCUCAUACAAUUCGUGAGAAGUUUUGUGACCUCUACUGGGAUGAAAAAUUACUGGAAAAACUUUAUCAGGUAGUAAAUGAAGAAAGACCUUCACAUUUGUGCAUAACUGAGGCAGAUGAUUCAAAGUGUGGCACAGUAUUUCAAGAUCUGAAGAAAUCUGAUAGCUUUUUGGCAAGCAGUGAUCAGACAGAGGGAGAAGGGGAAACAACCUUUGAUGUGAAGGCUGAGCCUAUGAUAAAUACAUCAUUAGCUGAAAUGGAUUUUGAUGAGUCACCUUCGGAUAAUUUCAAAAAAGAAUUGAGGCUGCAGAAUAUUAUCCCUGUAGAAAAAAAGGGGCAAUGUUUACAAAGCAACGGCUGUUGUAUUGGUCCAGGCUUUACAGAAGAAAAUAUAGAGCCAGAGGAAGAGACCAUAAUAAAGAUAGCUGGAAACAGCUACCUUGUGUCUCCAAAUCUACCUGACUUUCAUAGCUGUAGUCCUGGUUGGAGCAGUGCAUUUUAUGGAGCUGAAUGUUUUGAUUCAGAAGUUCAUAGUUACAUGAAAAACCUUGGAAAGCAGAAAUCAAGUGAGUCACAAAAUAUAGAUGCUAAAAAAGUGGAACUAGAACAAUUGCUAAUGAUGGAGACAAAAAAUUACAGAAAGACCAUAAACUUUUACCAGAAACUAUUGCAGAAAGAAAGAAGAAACAAAGGUCCUGAAACUAAAUCCAUGUUGCUCAAAUUGAGAGGACAGCUACAGGAGAUGAAAUCAAAAGUGCAGUUUCUUGAACUGGUGAAGAAAUAUGUGCAGAUCAUGUAUGCAGAGCAGUGGGGUGUGGAAUCCUGUGUGCUGCCGACAGUCCUCCACAACGGCAGAACUGACACUGUGGGAGUGGCACCUGCAGAUGAGUCGUCAUUACUUCUUUACUACAACACAGAGAAACACCAGUGUAAUAAUCAAAAUGGAGUAAGAGUCCUGCAGGCUGGUACACCACUUGGUUUAAUGGCUUAUUUAUAUUCUAGAAAUGCAUUUUUAGAAGGUUAUGUACAGCAGUUUCUCUACACAUUUCGCUAUUUCUGCACACAAGAAGAAUUUUUGCAGUUUAUUCUUGAGAGAAUCAGCAGCACUUUAUCCAGUGCGAGCCUGGAUCCUUCCACAUCACUUACCAAAAUAUGUAACCGCAGUUUCUACAUCCUGCAGGCUUGGAUUGAAGACUGCUACAGUGUAGACUUUGCAACAAAUACUGAUCUUUUGUGUACCCUAAAAGAAUUUAUUUCUUCCAAGGUUGCUCCAUUAAAUGGCUAUGGUGAGCGCUUGUUGUCAUUACUUGAGGAUGCUUCUGCCAGGAAAAGUGGCAGUGCACAUCAGUGCUCCAGCAUGGCUGAAUGUGAAGAGGAGGGCGAGGAGGACAGAAAAACAUUACGUUCUCUAUGUAAAAAGCUCUCAGAAGAUGUUUCCAGAAAGAACUUUAACUGGAAACUUUCCAAAGGUAUGGGACCAAUUGCACAAUAUCAGAGAGAGCGACUGUGCACUAUUUCAUCACUUUUGCCAAAGCCGUGCUAUAACAGUUUUACAGAAGAAUUCCCAGUCUCCUUUGCUAAAGCAGAUGAAGUGGGACCGUAUCUCUUAAUAGAACACAGUGUGCAACAGCUUUGUUGUCAGCUGACAUUACUGCAACAGGAAGUAUUUCAUAAAUGUCAUCCAGUACACUUUUUAAAUUCAAGAGCACUUGGUGUUAAAGACAAAAGUGUUGCUGUCCAAAAAGCUGUUUCUACCGAGGCAGUUUCACUUAAAGUCUGUAAUCUGUUUCUGUCAAAGUGCAUACAAGACCAGUACCUUCUACAAUUAUUAAGAAAUGCAGACAGUAUCAGCACUUGGGUUGCUGCUGAAAUUGUGACAUGUCACACGUCUAAGCUGCAGGUGAGCUUGUUAUCAAAAUUUCUUCUUAUAGCAAAAUGCUGCUAUGAACAAAGAAAUUUUGCUACUGCAAUGCAAAUCCUAGCAGGCUUGGAAAAUCUUAUUGUCCGACAGUUACCAGCCUGGAAAAUUUUACCUGCAAAAGUAGCUGAAAUAAUGGAGGAACUCAAGGCUGUUGAGGUGUUUUUAAAAAGUGACAGCUUAUGCUUGAUGGAAGGAGAAAGAUUCAAGACACUCCCAACAAUUCCAUCAGCCCAUGUUUUGGCUAUGCAUGUCCAACAACUUGAAACCGGAGGAUUCACAAUGACAAAUGGAGCUCACAAGUGGACUAAACUUAGAAAUAUUGCAAAAGUUGUGAGCCAAGUUCAUGCGUUUCAAGAGAAUCCUUAUACAUAUACACCAGAUUUCAAGCUGCAGUCUUACCUCAGACAAAGAAUAACUCGUUUUAAAGAUGCAGACAUUUCUGCCUUGGCAGCUGACAACUGUGCCAACUUCCAUCAGAUACCAGCAGAAAAACAUUCUCGAAAAAUUCAGGACACGCUGCGCAGAAUGAAGGCAACAUUUCAGUAAUUGUUUACAUUUCAUCUGUUCUAUUCCAAGUGCAGAUUGUAAAACUGGAUUAAGUUGACUUCAUCUCCUGGACCAAUUCCCAAGCAAAUACUUAAGUGACUUAAAAUGCUAUCUCAAGUUGAAAUUACUAUAUUUCUUAACAUGGAAUUAGAAAAUGCUGACUAAUGAGAUUUGAUUCCCUGGCA